CAGACCACCCACUGGGUGGCCGUCUACACUUGUUCUCACAACCAUAACACCCACCAUGUCUCUAUUAACAAUCCCUAACGAAAUCCUAAUGCUCAUCGUGAACAAACUCGACGAAAACAACCUCAACACCCUCCUCCAAAUCAACCGCUCCUUCUACGACGGCCUCAACACCCACCUCUACACAUCCCACGUCCAUCACUGCGGCGGCGCAGCCCUAAUGUGGGCCGCGACCAACGGACGAACAGCCACAGCAAAGCGAUUCCUCGAUCUCGGCGUCGACCCGAACCUGUCGAUCGUGUUCCCGAAAUACACAGGGCCAGGCGCAAGCGAUUCGAGCCUGGUCGUUGUACAACGAGACAGUCAGAGCAAGACGCUCAUCCACAAAGACUGCGUCGCGCGAUGGUUCAACGGCGAAGCACAGUGGUACUGGGGCGAGGAAUACAUGGACCAGGUGCCGUUGCUGGCGGCGAUCAAUCGGUCGCAUGAGGGUGUGGUACGACUGCUUCUGGGGCACGGCGAUAUCGAUACGAAAUGCAGGUCGAGUAUUGGGUAUUUUCGGGUGUAUACGACGCUGCAUCUGGCGGCGGAAAAGGGGCAUGUGGGGAUUAUGAAGAUGUUGUUGGAGAGGGGGGUGGGGGAGUGGUCGUAUACGGAGAGUAGUGGGUAUGAGCGGACGGUUGUGUAUGAGGCUGUUUUGAAUCGACAUGCGGAUAUGGUUGAUUUUCUGCUGAGAGAGGCGCAGAAUGGAGGUCGUGGGCAUGAGUUUAAGGGGCGGGAGGAGAGGGAUGAACGACUGUAUAAUGCGUGGAACUGAGGCUAUCCAGGAGGAUUAUAAAGUGUUAAUAUUGCAUGCCCACUAUGAAUCGAGAUUAUAAUCAGGCACUAU